AUGAACAGCAGGCAUCGUUUUUCCGAUGAUUACUCCGACACAAUCGACGACUACUCCGGCGAUGAAACAAUGGAAGUGGAGUCGACGGCGAGUAAGAGCAGCAUUCACGGCGGCGGAUUCCGUCGAGGUGUUUUACUGGCGUGGGAACAGGUUUAUUUGCUUGCAUGCAUCAUCGGUAUGUUCAUCGACCCGCUGUUUUUCUACACGCUCUCCAUAAGCGACUCCUGGAUGUGUGUGUUCAUCGACGGGUGGUUUGCUAUCACCGUCACGGUGGUCCGGUGCAUGACCGACGCCUUGCACGCGGCCAACAUGUGGUUACAGUUCAAGUGGAACAGGUGGUGGCGUUAUGACGUCGGAUUACGACAUGACGACAGGAAUUCAUGCAACGUGUCCCGGAAGUCGUUCCUGUUUGAUCUCUUCGUCAUCCUCCCAAUCCCUCAGGCGGUAGGAGCGUGUUGGUAUUUGCUUGGUAUGCAAAGGGUUGUGAAAUGCUUGAAAGAAAAAUGCAUGGAAGCAAACGGGAUUUGUGUCUCAAGAUUUUUGACAUGUCAGAACCCUGUUUAUUAUGGCACAGAUAAGUUUGUGAAAGAUCACACAAGGCUCUUAUGGGGAUCAAAUAAAGAGGCGAGAACAACUUGUCUUGAAAGCGAAGAUGGCUAUGGAGCUUAUAAAUGGACUCUUCAACUCUUUACCAAUGAUAGCCGUUUGGAAAAGAUACUUUUACCCAUUUUUUGGGGACUCAUGAACCUUAGUACGUUUGGGAACUUAGAAAGCACAACAGAUUGGUUGGAAUGUGUAUUCAUCAUCAUCGUUCUCACAAUGGGACUUCUUCUAGUAACCAUGUUGAUUGGAAAUAUCAAGGUGUUUUUACAUGCAACAACAUCAAAGAAACUAGCUAUGCAAUUGAAAAUGAGAAACAUAGAGUGGUGGAUGAAGAGGAGGCAGCUCCCUCAUAGUUUCCGGCAAAGAGUACGUAACUAUGAGCGCCAACGAUGGACUGCAAUGCGUGGUGUGGAUGAAUGUGAGAUGAUACACAAUCUUCCUGAGGGUCUCAGGAGAGACAUUAAGUAUCAUCUCUGUUUGGACUUGGUGAGACAGGUACCAUUAUUUCAACAUAUGGACAAUUUGGUCCUUGAGAAUAUAUGCGAUCGUGUCAAGUCCCUCAUUUUUACCAAGGGAGAAACGAUUGCAAGAGAAGGUGAUCCUGUACAGAGAAUGUUGUUCAUAGUAAGAGGUCAUCUUCAAAGCAGCCAAGUACUUCGAGAUGGUGUCAACAGUAGUUGCAUGUUAGGACCCGGAAACUUCAGCGGCGACGAGCUCUUAUCAUGGUGUCUCCGGCGGCCAUUCAUCGAGAGACUACCACCUUCAUCAUCAACGCUCGUGACUCUUGAAACAACCGAAGCUUUUGGGCUAGAAGCCGAUGAUGUCAAGUAUGUAACGCGGCAUUUUAGGUAUACAUUUGUGAAUGAAAAGGUGAAGAGGAGUGCUCGGUAUUAUUCUCCGGGGUGGAGGACUUGGGCGGCGGUGGCGAUUCAGUUGGCAUGGCGAAGGUACCAACAUAGACUCACUUUGAUGUCGUUGUCUUUCAUUAGGCCGAGAAGACCAUUGUCGAGGUGUUCUUCACUUGGGGAAGAUCGGUUGAGGCUUUACACUGCUUUGUUGACUUCGCCCAAACCAAAUCAAGAUGAUUUUAACUUUUGAGAUUGUAGAUUUGGUGUUAUAAUAUCUGUGUAAAGAUAAUAAAAAGAGAAGUAUAAAGUUGUAUAUGUAAUAUAAUAUGUUUGAUUAUGAAAAGUUUGAGUAUCGUGAAACAAUAUAUGAAUAUAAUAUGUAGAUGAAUGUUCAUAUCAAUAAUCAAAUUUCAAAACAUCAAUAGAAAUUAAC